GAAUUCGUGCGGUGCUGCAGACUAAUUCUGUAUGGAAUGAAUAUUGAGUACCUCGAUCAAUGAUUUAGAUUUUAGAAUAAACGAAUGUACAAAUAAACUGAAUUGACGAAUUGGAUUUUAUUUUGUUUAAGAUUUUUAAAUUAUUUGGAUCUUUUUGAUAUAAUAUAGAAAACAUCAUGGAUGGAAUACUCAGAAAUUUUUCUAAAUUGCUUUCGGUGCAAAGCCCAAUUCAUCAGUUCAACAGGACUUUAAUCAUACUUAAACGGCGCCAUCCUGUUCAGUUACAAAAGAAGAAUUCCAAACAUAAGCCUAUUUUGAAAGGAAGACAUUUUGUCUAUGACAUUGUGGAAAAUCCAGAAAGAAUGAAACGAGAAAAAAUUGAUGUAAUACUAACUCAAUAUGUUGAAGGAUUAGGGCAUCAAGGUGAACUAGUAAGUGUUCGGCCAACAUAUGCAUAUGAUCAAUUGCUUCUGCCAAAAUUUGCUAUUUAUGCUUCUCCUGAUAAUUUGGAACGUAUGAAAAAUAAUUUAUACCAAACCAAAGAUGAAGAGAAACCUAGUUCUAUUCACGCUCUUCAAACUGCAAAGUAUUUAAAAAAAAUGGUUGUUAGUGUAAGCAUGAAUAAAGAUGAGCCUUGGACAAUUGAACCUUGGCACAUUAGAGUAUCACUACGAAAAAUGAAUGUACACGUAUUAAGUGAUGAUUCAAUAGAAUUACCAGAACAUCCAAUUAGUGGACCUGAUUUUACUUUAGAAGGAAAAUCCUUUGUUGUGUAUAUUACUAUAAAUAAGAAAGAAAAAGUUCCAGUGGAAUGUAAUCUUCAUCAUUGGAGUACUAAACUUGCUGAUCGAUUACCUCGAACAAAAUUCUUUACUAGAACACCAAUAUCCAUUCUUCCUGAGCAAACUGAACUUUUAAUGUCAAUGAGAGGAAAUAUAAAUAAUAAUUAAAUUUGUUUAGUUUCAUUUGCUAGUAGUAUCUAAUGUGUUUAAUUUUAGAUGAAUAAUGAUUUUUAAGAUUAUUAAUUAUUGUCAUUUUUUAUUAAUUCAAAAUAGUCCAUUCCAUAUCAACUUUUUUACCUUACUAACAUUGUUCCUCUUUAAAAAAAAAAAUGUCUUGCACAUCUUUAUUAAAAUUAAAUUAAACCUAAUUAUUUUAUUACUCAAAAUUAAUCAUAAAAUCAUAUUAAUCAAUAAACAAUUACUAGAAAGUAUAAAUAUAUACUUUUUUUCAGCAAUUUCCUAGAUGCCGAACACUUGAUUGCUUAUGUUAACAAUAUCUUUAAGAAAAAACCUAUUUUUUUUUCUAUUUAAUAAAACAUUAAAACUGAAAAAUGAA